AUGGCCCUUGAUAUUAAUACCGGAAAGGCACUAGCAACAGUUCUCUGCUCGAAUACUACAUUGACCCAUCUGAGUCUUUCAAAUAAUUUUUUUGAUUCUGAAGUUGGAAAAGAAUUUGCAAAAGCUCUCUUUAAUAAUUCCACUUUAACUUUCUUGAACCUUAGUGAAAAUCGGUUUUGUCUUGAAGUCGGAAAAUCAUUUGCGGAAGCUCUUUAUAAAAAUGCAACUCUAACUCAUUUAUAUUUUUGGAAUAAUCGACUUGGCACUGAAG